AUGGACUUGGUCAUCAAGUUUCACGAGAAGAAGCUUAACUCCCUCGAGUCCCUCGACUUGUACCUCGACCUUGUCUCCAUUUUUGAUCUCGCCGGGCGAGGAACCGAUAACCGUGCUGAAGGUCCGAUCUAUAAUAUCUUCAAUGUUAAUAUUUCAAUCCGUAAGGAGACAAUCAAAGGCACUACGGAUCCUGGGCCAGAUGAAGACUCGACAAAGAAGAAGAAGAUGAUGAUGGUGAGGGGAUGGAGGAUGCGGCAUGCUUUUUAUAUGGUACAAGGGAGCCCUUCCGCUGCGCAGCCAGAGCCAGACACAACCCUGCAGUCCUCCCUUCUUUUUUUUUACGGCGACUCUUCCACCAUGCGAUAUAUCUACCUGGCUAGAUCAUCUGUGACUCCCAGAAGACGUCUUCUUCGGCCUCCAGCUCGACUUAAACCGCCGUCCUCGCACUGUGAGCAGCAAUGCUGUGAGGGCCGUGUAAACAGCGGGAAUUAUGUCAUAGGCUUGGCUGGCGAUGGGCGGUUUGACCAAUGGCUGCAAGCUGAUGGUCAGCAAGGAGGACGAGAUGUCGGAAGAGACAGCGACGGGUUAGAUGAAGGCAUAGAAGAAGGAUUGUAUGAAUGCGUCUAUAUAAGGAACGAAGAUGGUCGAAGGUAG